UUUCCGACCGUUUUGCCCCAAAUUUCUCUCUCUCACACACUCACGCACUGGCUCCACCACGCUCUUCCUUUCCUCUCCAAAUUCUUCUUCGAGCUGCAUCAAUUGACACAAUUUUCUUCGAUUUCGACGAAUUCUCCCAUGAAUGAUCAAGCUAUGGAAACCCUGUGUCAUGAUUUCAACUCUGCUGUCACUGUCUCGGAUGAUAACUUCAAGAAUUCAUCGUUUUGUGGGAUCAGCGAUGAACAUGACCAUCUGAAAAAGAGAUACAAUGAAGAGUGUGAGUUGUUGAAGAAGAAGUAUCUUGACGAGUAUAACGAGAGAAAGAGGCUCUACAAUGAGAUCAUAGAGCUCAAAGGCAAUAUAAGAGUCUUCUGUAGGUGUAGGCCAUUGAACAGCGAUGAAAUUUCAAAUGGCUCCACAUCAGUUGUCGAUUUUGAUUCAUGUCAGGAAAACGAGCUUCAGAUAAUGUCGUCUGACUCUUCAAAGAAGUUGUUUAAGUUUGAUCAUAUCUUCAGACCUGAGAGCAACCAAGAGGCUGUCUUUCUCCAAACAAUACCCAUCGUGACAUCGGUUCUAGAUGGUUUCAAUGUCUGUAUAUUUGCCUACGGACAAACGGGAACCGGAAAGACAUUCACCAUGGAAGGAACCCCAGAGAAUAAAGGGGUUAAUUAUCGAACAUUAGAAGAGUUGUUUAAAGUGUCUGAUGUAAGAAGCAACUUUAUGAAAUAUGAAUUGCUGGUUAGCAUGUUGGAAGUUUACAAUGAGAAGAUAAGGGAUCUCCUCGUAGAGAACUGCAAUCAACCUACUAAAAAGUUGGAGAUAAAGCAAUCAGCGGAGGGAACUCAAGAAGUCCCUGGACUUGUUGAAGCUCGUGUUUACAAUACAGACGAAGUGUGGGAGCUCCUUAAGUCUGGGAGUCGGGCUAGAUCUGUUGGAUCAACUAAUGCCAAUGAGCUUAGCAGUCGGUCUCACUGCUUGGUACGGGUGACAGUUUUGGGUGAGAAUUUGAUAAACGGACAGCGAACUAGGAGCCAUCUUUGGCUGGUUGACUUGGCAGGGAGUGAACGAGUUGGAAGGCUUGAAGUAGAAGGAGAAAGGUUGAAAGAAUCUCAGUUUAUUAAUAAAUCCUUAUCAGCCCUUGGAGAUGUUAUAUCUGCUCUUGCUUCUAAGACAACCCAUGUUCCGUACAGGAACUCCAAACUCACACAUAUGUUGCAGAGUUCACUAGGUGGAGACUGCAAAACCUUGAUGUUUGUCCAAAUCAGCCCAAGUGCUGCAGAUCUUGGAGAAACACUUUGCUCGUUAAAUUUCGCUACUCGGGUUCGAGGAGUUGAGCAUGGUCCUGCUCGGAAACAGGCUGAUGUUGGAGACCUGUUUAAGUAUAAGCAAUUGGCCGAGAAGGCAAAGAAUGAUGAGAAGGAGAUAAAGAAACUGCAGGACAGUGUUCAGUCUAUGCAAUUAAGGCUUUCUGCCAGAGAACACAUAUGUAGAGGUCUUCAAGAAAAGGUUCGAGAUCUUGAGAGUCAGCUAGCAGAGGAGAGGAAGCUUCGACUGAAACAGGAAACGAAGGCCUUGUCUGCUGCUGCUUCUACUCAAUCAUCGGCAAUAUCAUCUUUAGGCCAAUCAAAGAGGAGGACGACCACUAUUGAGAAAAAACCACCUCUGGCUCCAUCAUCAAAGUUGAGGUUACCCCUGCGUAGAAUUUCUAAUUUUAUGCCUUCACGUUCUCCUGUUGCACCCACCAAAACGAGGAAUUCUAUGAUUCCUCUUCCCGAACAACGUGACAAGGAAAAUAUGUCCAGUAAUACAUUGAUGGAAAGUUGCAAGACAAAGACACUUAUGAAACCAAAACGUUUGUCCAUUACGGCGAGGCCUUCUGCAGCAAAACAGGUUCUUGAGCCAAAAAGGCGGGCUUCUAUUGCAACCUUUCGCCCUGAACCAAGUUCAUCAAGCAUGGCAACUCCUCUAAAUAGGUCUAAUGCAAGAAUGCAGACAGAGCGCGUGGGGAGGAAAUCAUUCGUUUGGGAUCCUCAAAGAGUAUGGCGCACUGCAAGUGUGAGUUCUCCCAUGUCACAGAUGAAGGGCGGAUCAUCCAGUGCUGCUGUGGUAGAGCAAACGGCGAUCAGCACGAGAAGCAGCAAGUUUAUGUGCAGUCCCCCCUUAUCUCAGGCAGGUCGCAGUUCAUGGAUCCCCAAGCAUCCUACAGUCAUUGCACUGCAGAAGAAGCAGUUAGUUUGGAGCCCACUUAAGAUGAAAGCUAUGAGAAACAGCCGGAAAUCGAUUGUGUGAACAGCCUUUGAUGCUACAAAACCUGCUGAAAAUAUCUAUAUUGUUUUUGUCUAGUUUUGCUUUCUUUAGUAUUGAUUCAUUGCAACCGAUGUAUGCAUCUUGCUUACUGAUAUUAGCCUUUAUAUUCUGCUUCCUUGAUGUGAAGUAAUUCCUGGCUUUGGUAAAAUAUGGAAGCUAUAUGUGUGUACUACAGCAAUAAUCACACUAGUCAUCAGGCAGCCAGAUUAACGCUAUUAAACAAGAGCUGUGUUGGAGAGUUCAGGAGAAUAGUAAAAAGCUUAAAGAGAUGGAUUAUUUAGGCAGAAUAGGUAUAUAUACUUGUAUAGAUGCAGAAAUAUAUGUACAAAAUGAGUGCAGUAUUGAUCAUUAAAGAUUCGCAGUUUACCGAA